GAAUAAAACGACAAAACAUCGCCAACCUCGAAUAAAUUACAACAAUACUAAUGUUAAUUGCUUUCUUUACUUAGAUCAAUGCAAAGAUCUCCCUCUUCCUAAAUAUAAUACUCUCGAAAUCAUGUCAGAGGAAAGCAAGUACGAAGUUUUGGAGAAGAUAGGACAUGGUUCUUUUGGGAUCAUUCGAAAGGUCCGAAGAAAGAGUAAUGGAGAAAUCCUAUGUAGGAAGGAGAUUAGCUACAUGCGGAUGUCACAAAAAGAGCGAGAACAACUCCAGGCCGAAUUCGCCAUUCUUUCAUCACUCAAACAUCCAAACAUCGUCGGAUACUAUCAUCGAGAGCAUCUAAAGUCCAGUCAAGACCUUCAUUUGUACAUGGAAUAUUGUGGCAAUGGAGAUCUUGGUAGAAUCAUUAAGGAUUUACAAGCAAAGAACAAAUAUGCCGAAGAGGGUUUCGUUUGGAGCAUAUUCGCGCAAUUGGUUUCAGCAUUGUAUAGAUGUCAUUAUGGAGUUGAUCCGCCAGAGGUUGGAAGCAAUGUAAUGGGAUUAGGAAAUACCGCCAAGCCACAAAAGCCAGCGGCUGGUGUCAUGAUUCUUCACCGAGACUUGAAGCCCGAAAACAUCUUUCUUGGUGAAGGCAACUCGGUGAAGCUUGGAGAUUUUGGUCUUUCGAAAUUGAUGGAAUCUCACGAUUUUGCCUCUACUUAUGUUGGAACUCCAUUCUACAUGUCCCCAGAGAUCUGUGCCGCAGAACGAUAUACAUUAAAGUCAGACAUUUGGUCGCUAGGUUGCAUUAUGUACGAACUCUGCACACGAGAAGUUCCAUUUAACGCGAAAUCACACUUCCAGCUUGUGCAGAAGAUUAAAGAGGGCAAAGUUACACCAAUACCAAAUAUAUAUUCGCCAGAACUUGCAUCGGUUAUCAAGGACUGCCUUCGAGUCAACCCCGAUCGAAGAGUCGACACCGUUACAUUGCUCAAUCUUCCGGUCGUUAAGUUGAUGAGGAAGGAGAAAGAGGUUGUUGAGCUCGGUCGACUUUUGCGGACGAAAGAAGAAAUGGCGGCUAAACAAUUCAAGGAGCUUGAAGAAAGAACAGAGAAGCUCGAGGCUCAGAAAGCAGCUAUGCGUGUAGAGAUCGAUUCAUCCCUACGAAGAGAAUGGGAAGUCAAGGCACAAUUAGAGAUCAACCGUUUGGUGCAGAUAGAGGUGGAGAAUCUACAGAAACGAUUUGAAGAAGAAGUCCGAACCCGAGUUGAAGAAGAGCUACAAAGAUCCGCCAACAGCUCUCGAUCAUCCAAUCCAGAUAACGAUAAUAGCUCAAGCUCUCUGACCGCUAAAGAGUUGAGCCCCUCGCCAAGCUCAUUCGACUACCCAAGAUCAUCUGUUGGUAGCACAGGUGAUGACUUUUCCUCGACCACAGACUUUACCGAUCACACCAUGUCACCAGAGCCCAGCAAACCAUUCAAGAAAUCCACCAGAACACCAUUUUCCCGAGCACAAACCAUGUUCAAUGUACAUGGAACUCCCAUGGAUAUUGAGAUGGCUGAUCCAUCGCCAAUUUCUAUCGCCUCCUUGUCUCUAUCUCCACGCCGGAACAAUGGGGCCAAAGCUCCUGGCACUAAUCGAAACAUUUUUGCUGCUGCAAACGCAAACGCCGAGAUUCGCUUACAACCUCUUCUCCUAGAUUCUGAUUCUGAAGAUGAGGAUGAUCUCCCAGUACCUUCUCCUACACGGCCUAAAUCUAAAAACAACCCAUUUGCCAAGGGUGCUGCAAGGCCAAAUCUCAUCUCACAGCGUACAGCACCAUUACAGAAAUUGAAUACUCAGCCAAAUUUUCUGGCAACCAAAAAUUCAGGUGGAUUGGUUAGCAAGAAGGAAGCACAGAGCCCAGUGACCAAGAGACUAUCGAGAAUUCCAAGCAUGACAAGUUUGUCUGGCAAUGAUACGGCAGGAAGUCCCACACGAAAGUCGAGUAUGACAAAGAAAUCGGAAUCAGACCUACACAAACAGGCGAUGAAGAAUAAUACAAAGACAGGAAGUGCACCAACGAUUGGACGAACUCUAGUUGAAUUAGCACAAGCUCGUGCUGGUGGAAGACCAGUUGAAAUGAGUCCUAGUGGAAAGGGGAGAUCAUUUGGAGUGAGAAUGGUAGAAAAAGAAAAGGGCGAAGGAAAAUUGAGGGGUAGUGGAGGAAGCAUUGGAGAUAUGGAACCAACAGUAUGGAAUCCUGACAGGGAUGAAAUGCCAAGUCCUUUCUUGAUCAGAAACAGAUAUACAGGGGCUGCAGGGCGUUCGAGAUGAUUGAUUUCGGGUUACAUUUGGUGUUGGUUCUAUGCGGGUAUGAAGGGGUAGCGGGAAAACAAUUGACAAUCAAGUGGUGGUCAUGAUAACGAAACACGCUAUGACUAGCUUUUCUUUGUUGUUUGUAAACAUGGCUCGCGAGGAGUGGUUUGGCAUAUCAUGGUUUAGUUUGGGGAUCAAAGUGGUAUACCGAUUUGGCGUUGGGAUUUUUGGGGAUGACUUAUUUUUUUACAUAGUUUUUUGUACUGUAUCAAGUGCACAGUAACUCAGUUUUACGCUUGGUUGGAUAGGUUGGGUGGGGUAAGAUGAAAUUGGGAUUGAAUAAUGAUUGGGUACUUGAGUUGGUUCUUUUUGGUGGGAGGUGGAUGAGCGAAGGGGAAGAAGGGGAAGAGAAUCAUAUACAUGAAAUAGAUAGUGUAGGUCUUAGGGUAUGCAGGUUCCAGAAAAUGUUAUACAUGUAUCAUAUCAAAAUUGUCGCAAGAAGUAAAGUAUGAGAUUGUUUCUGUUGUAGACGCCCCUUUGCUUUCCUCGCCUAAGUAAAGCCCCACUAAUUAAUUUCUUCUCAAUACA